GAAUGAAUGAAAAUUAUUUCCUUAGAAAUAAUGUCAAUGUGGACAAACCACCCUUAUAAUACCAUUCCUUAAACUCUAUGAUGAGGUGAAGUAUUUCCCUUCUUUUUCAUUCAAGUGGUAAUACCCAUGACUUUGUUAGGAGAUAGCAAAUUGAUUGCACCAAAAUAACCCAAGUUUUAGUUUGGAUGUUGCAAGUCCAAAAAUUUAUGGAGAUGAAUUAUGCAAUUCUAAAAAUCAUACUAUAAACAAUUAAGUGUCUUUAUUCCUGCAUGUUAUUUGUUCUAAUGAAAAAUUUAUGCUCAUAUUCAAGAAGCAAAAUUUUCAUAAAAUUUUCAGCAUUUCAACCUCUGGUCAAAGGUUUAUUUGUGUCAACUUAUGUCUCUGCAACUUCAUCGCACGAUUCAAACCUUUGCAAGUUCGAUUACACGAGGCCAUAAAUGUUCCUUAGUUGAUAAAAAUAAAAAACUGAGUGAGUUGUCAAAACUGGGUCACACUGAUGCAGCUCGAAAGAUGUUUGAUAAAAUGCCUGAGAAAGACGAGUUUACAUGGAAUACAAUUAUUGCGGCGUAUGCCAAUGUAGGAAGGCUUGUUGAAGCAAGACAAGUGUUCAAGGAGGUCCCAAUUAAGAGUUCAAUUUCUUGGUCUUCUCUUAUUUGUGGAUACUGUAAGCAUGGUUUUGAAAUUGAAGGAUUUGAAUUGUUCUGGCAAAUGCAAAGUGAGGGGCAUAUACCCAGUCAGUUCACAUUGGGAAGUAUUCUGAGAAUGUGCGCGAUAAAAGGCUUGCUUUCAAGAGGUGAACAGAUACAUGGCUAUGCUAUUAAGACUUGUUUUGAUGUGAAUGUUUUUGUUAUGACUGGCCUUAUUGAUAUGUAUGCAAAGUCUAAGCGCAUCUCGGAAGCUGAGUGUAUUUUUCAAGUUAUGUCUCAUGGGAAAAAUCAUGUUACUUGGACUGCUAUGAUUAAUGGGUAUUCUCAAAAUGGUGAUGCAUUAAGAGCAAUUCAGUGUUUUAGCAACAUGCAUUCAGAAGGGAUUGAGGCGAACCAGUAUACAUUUCCCGGUGUUUUAACUUCCUGUGCUGCACUCUAUGAUAAUAGAUUUGGGGUACAGGUACAUAGUUGCAUUGUCAAGGGUGGUUUUGAGGCCAAUGUGUUUGUUCAAAGCUCGUUAAUCGACAUGUAUUCUAAAUGUGGGGAUUUGCUCAGUGCUAAGAAGGCAUUGGAAUUGAUGGAGGUAGAUCAUGCAGUUUCUUGGAAUUCGAUGAUACUUGGGUGUGUGAGGCAUGGAGUUCCAGAGGAAGCACUGUCUUUGUUCAAAAGGAUGCAUGCUAGUGAUAUGGAAGUGGAUGAAUUUACUUACCCUUCAGUUCUGAAUUCUCUUGCUUGUAUACAGGAUGUCAAAAAUGGGAAAUGUCUUCAUUGCAUGGUUGUUAAAACUGGAUAUGAAAGCUACAAGCUUGUAAGCAAUGCACUUAUUGAUAUGUAUGCUAAACAGGGAGAACUAGCUUGUGCAGUGAGUGUCUUCAACAGCAUGGUGGAAAAGGAUGUAAUCUCAUGGACAUCACUCGUCACUGGCUGUGCUCACAAUGGCUCUUAUGAAGAAGCUCUUAAAUUCUUUUGUGAGAUGAGAAUGGCUGAAAUUGAACCAGACCAUAUUAUCAUUGCUAGUGUUCUAAGUUCUUGCUCAGAAUUGGCACUACUUGAACUUGGGCAACAAGUUCAUGCGGAUUUUCUUAAAUCUGGCCUUGAGGCAUCAUUAUCAAUUGAUAAUUCUCUUAUGACAAUGUAUGCCAAUUGUGGGUACCUUGAAGACGCCAAAAAAGUAUUCAACUCAAUGCAAAUGCGUAAUGUGAUCAGUUGGACUGCUCUUAUAGUGGCUUAUGCCCAGAAUGGCAAAGGAAAGGAGUCUGUGAGAUUUUAUGACGAGAUGAUUGCAAGUGGAAUAGAACCCGACUUCAUUACAUUUAUAGGCUUAUUAUUUGCCUGCAGCCAUACAGGUCUUGUUGAGCAUGGAAAGAAGUACUUCGAUUCAAUGAAGAAAGAUUAUGGGAUAAGACCAAGCGCUGACCACUAUGCAUGUAUGAUCGAUCUUUUGGGUCGUGCUGGGAAAAUACAGGAGGCUGAGAAAUUAGUCAAUGAAAUGGAUAUUGCACCUGAUGCUACUGUGUGGAAAGCGUUGCUUGCUGCAUGUAGAGUACAUGGGAGCACAGAUCUAGCAGAGAAAGCAUCAAUUGCCCUCUUUCAGUUAGAACCACAAGAUGCUGCCCCGUAUGUUAUGUUGUCAAAUAUCUAUUCAGCUGCAGGAAAAUGGAAAGAUGCAGCAAAACUUAGAAGAAAAAUGAAGUUGAAGGGUGUUAAUAAAGAGCCUGGUUAUAGUUGGAUUGAGAUGAAUGGAGUUGUCCACACAUUUAUAUCUGAGGGAAGAAGCCAUCCAAAGAGUGAUGAAAUUUACUCAAAACUUGAUGAUGUUAUUACAUUGAUUAAGGAAGCUGGAUAUGUGCCAGACUUGAAUUUUUCUCUCCAUGAUAUCAAUGAAGAAGGUAGGGAACGAAGUCUUUCUUAUCACAGUGAGAAGUUGGCUAUUGCUUUUGGGCUUCUUUGUGUGCCAAAUGGAGUACCAAUUCGGAUUUACAAGAACCUUCGUGUAUGCGGUGACUGUCAUAAUGCGAUGAAGUUCAUGUCAAGAGUUUUUGAUCGACAUAUUAUUUUGCGAGAUUCAAAUUGUUUUCAUCAUUUUAAGGAAGGAAUAUGUUCUUGUGGGGAUUAUUGGUAGCAAAUGUUCUUUUGACUUUCCUUGACUCUUGUUUUCUUUGGGCUUGGCAAGAUCAGAUCAUCCGAAAAAAGGGCAGCCCAGUGCACUAAGCUCCUGCUAUGCGCGGGGUCGAGGAAAGGCCGGACCACAAGGGUCUAUUGUACGUAGCCUUACCCUACAUUUCUGCAAGAGGUUGUUUCCACGGCUUGAACCCGUGACCUCGUCACAUGGCAGCAACUUUACCAAUUACACCAAGGCUCUCCUUCAAGAUCAGAUCAUCCAAUUUUCAUUAAUUGGAGGUGCAGUGCAUCACAAGGUUUACUGUUCACAUCUGUAUAUCUAUAAAUUGCUAGAAUGAAGAUCAUUAAUUGGAAAAUAGAAACUAAAAGUUAAGAUUAUGCAGAUCAAUGUAAAUGAUAGGAAUUAUCGGAGCUGAUUUCUCUCUGAGACUUACACAAGAGUCGAUUCUCUAGUCCCUAUUCUCGCAACACUCUUCUACAUCAGGCACCAAUUGCCACUCCCCUGCAUCAGGGAAGAUAACUAGUCCUCAUUCUGAGAGAUAUUUUUAACUCCAUGAAGCAGGGUCUGAUGGUCCUCAAGAAAGCUUUGUUCUACAUGACCUCGUGAUGAGCUUCCCUACACAGGUAAAGUAGGGAGCUGCUUCUUUUUCAGUCUAUAAACUACCCAACCAGAUUAAGGACCUAAACCGUGCACUUGUUCCAACUAGAUAAGGGACCUAACCUGUGCAGUUGUGGGGCAUCAGGAACUUUAGAUUGUGUUAAACUAUUCGAGAACUCUGGGGAUGUCAGGGAUUUUUAGGUUGUGUUAAACUGUUCUAGAACUCUGGAAUGGUCUUGUUGAUUGAAAAAAUUAUGGAGUGCUGUGUGUUUGCUUACAACCUUUUUUUUAUUGGUAAGAAGAUAUAUCUAGUGUUUGGUUACAGCAUUUGGUUUUGCACUAUUCUGACAGUGGGUAUGGGAACUUUGGCUUGCCGGUGUUUCGGUGAGGUAAUGGUAAAUUAUUCACCCACGUAUAAUACAUGAUCUACAUGGGUAGGUCAUCUCCGUUUUCUUAUGGAACUAUUCUAAAUAAACCUCUAGCUUCUGAAGGAAAUUUCUCUGGUUUCACUUGCGCCAUAGGGGAUAGGGAUAGCUACAACAACUUGUGGCAUAGGAGUAAAUUUUGUAUAUGCUAACAAAAUUUGGUUGUUGAAGCUCCAUUAUGUCCUUUAAGUGCCAUGUCCACCUAGUUGUUUGAACUCCUUUGCAAUGGAGCUGAUUUCCGCUUUAGAUGAAGUGUAGCAUGUACCUGAACCCUAGACUUUGAUUGAAAAGGAGUUGACUUGGUGUUUUCUGUUAAGAUUAGAACUCUGAGCAUGUUAUAGGUGCAUGCUAGUGCUUGAGAAUAUCUUAGUGUUUCCCUGAGAGUAAGAUUGGACAUUUGUUCAAUGCAUAGCCUUGCCAUUGUCUUGGGAGUUUACUGCUGUUUGUAUAGAAUGAAAGUUCUUUCUUUUAAAAAAAAGAUGCAUGCUAGUCGUAUAAUAUAAUUUUCUAAAGGUAAAGGUGUUUUUACUUUGGGUAAAGCUAAUGGAUUUUCUUUGAUUCCGUUGCCUUCCCUGAUAGCAAGAACUGGCUAGUUGAAACUUUGGUAUAACUGGACAAAAUUUAGGUUUUGUUCCUCAUAAAUGAAAAUGAUGGUUAAAAAGGUCACUCUUUGGGGGGCUAAUCCUUUCAAAAUCUUCAAGUUGCACCACAUAGACAUUUUGUUCAGUGUUUUUCUUACCUUUUUUCACCUUCCUGUUUGAUACUCCUGGUACAUAAGCAGAAACUGAGUUUGAAUUUUCUUUAGGUAGCUGUAACUACUAUUUUACCUGUUACUUGGUACCUGAUUUUCCUCAUUUUCAUCCUUUUUAUAUAUUCUAAAUGCUGUCAGUCUAAUGAUGCUGAUGCUUUCAGUUGUGUUGCCAUGUGAAAAGAUGCUUCUGCAUCUGACAGUGCAGGCUUCUCUAAUUUACUGAUUGUCCCUAAUGUAGAGACCUGUAGUGAAGCAACCAUAUAACUAUACAGGUUAUUGCUUGCUGUUUGCUGUUAAUGGAGGGAGAUUUGAUGAAAAUGACAUUAAUCGACAACAGUUUUGAUGGAAGAAAUAUCAGCAGGCAGUGGUAAGUGGAUUAUAUCUUUAUAAGAUUUCUAAGUUCCUUGCUUGGAUUAUGUCAGUGUCUUUCCAUAAAGUCAAACUUUUUGACAAGGGAUGGAUGUCAGAAAAAAUUUGAGAAUUCCCUAGGGUACUAGUUGAUUCAUUAAAUUUCUUAAGAUUGAGAUAGCUGCCUUUUGUAUAAGUGAGAAAAAAGCUAUGCAGCUAGACUUCCGUUUAGCUUAAUAACUGAUGAAAAGACACUGACAUAAUCUGAAAAGACACUAACAAAACUAAGAGAGUCUUCUUGAUUGAUAUCAUUUGAUCAAACAAAAAAAGUAUUGGAGCCUUAGAGGCAGCGGCUAGGUGUGCACCAAUGGCUUUUUAAUAACUGAUGAUUCUUCAACAAUGCAAAAAUAUAGAAAGACAACAUGUUAAAUGGGAAAUUCCUGUCUUUUCUUUUGCCCUUUCUUUCCAAGGAUGCACGAGUUUAUUACUGGUGAAGCGGACGGUGGUUAUAUUCAGAAGUCUAGACAUCUUUACUUUCAGAUCUAUCUCUCUUAAUGUCUAGGACAAAAUGAAUUGGUGUUCUGAUUUUGAAUGGAUACUUUUUUAUUUCAAAUAAAUAAUUUAUUUCUGUUAAGUGCCUAUUCCUUUAUGCAAAAGUAUAACAAUAGUUGCUUGCAGAAGCUAAUAGCUUUCCCACCGCUAGUCCCCUGUUUCUCUAUUGUGAGCAUCUGGUAAGUGGAAUAUCUAAUAAAGUCUUUUGUUCAUUGCCUGCCUUUGGUUGUAUGGACCACAAAAAACACACAUGUUACUGAACAUAGUAUAUUCAUCAUUCCCAAGUCCUCCAUGACAUCAAAGCCUUUUCCGGUGAAGUCAAUGUAGCCUUUCCUAUUAUGAGUGCUAGCGGGGGAAAAUAGCUACACACAUUUCCUGAAACCAUCCACCAUCCCCCCGGAGUUGAUGAAACAGUACCAGGAAUUCUGGUGGGACUGCGUUACAGGUUUCAAAGUACAUCCAUUUCUGUUUGAUCCUGGAGAUUCAACUAGUUGCAUGGCAACAGAGACUUAAAAUUAGGUUACCACAAAUUGGAAAGAAAAAGGAAAGCAUACUGAUGGAUUGAUUGGAUUGUCACAAUGUCACUGUUGAUGGGGAUGGUUAUAUCUGUGGUGGUGUAUUCUCUUCGUAGAUCAAAUAGGUAUGUGUUGCAAGUUCAUAAACCAUCCGGACCACAUGCCAAGGACCUUAUGCAAUUGUCAAUAAGUAAACAGACCUAUCUUGAUUGUCCUUAUUUGCUGAAUGGGGAUGUGAUCUCUCUGGUUCAAAUUUGUUCUGAUCACAGGACCACAAAGCUGUACUUAAAACUAUUUAGGUGCUGACUUUUCAUAAGAGAUUGUAGUUGCUGUUAAUUAGUGCUUUGAAUCUAUUUUCUCCAAAUGGUGGCUACGACUAAAUCUUAAAUUGUUGAAUG